UUAAGUUAAAUCGUGCAUAUGCUCUUCUGUGACUCUCAGCAACUUCUACGACGAACAAGCUUAAUAUGCCUCCCUCCGAUUCCAGCCGUUAAGGAAAGAAAUACAUGGCAAUAAUCGGAGCGUCAUCAUCAUUUUGGACAAAAUAUAAAUAUAUAGAGCACAGUUUCAGAGAACAAUUGCGCUUUCGUGUAUUUUGUUAGGGGAACACUUCAUACGCUGCAAGAUACUUGUUUGAUCAUUUACAAAAGUUACUUGUCAGAAUAUACAACUCUAUUCUGAUGAUGGCAUUUUGUAGGAAAUUCUGUGGAAAUAUGAAGGUUUUAUUUGCUUUGCUGCCGUUGUUUUUUACACUAAUUGAGGCUGAUUCUGACUGCAACUAUUUUGAAAAUUUGGAAACUGGAAAAUUAUAUUAUGCGUAUAAUAAUAAUUACCCAAAUUUGGAUUAUGGUCAAAUGCAUUGUAAGUGGCAAAUGGUAUAUUCUGGUAUUAUAAAAAUAAAUUGCAGUUUUGAUAUACCAGCGAGUACUAAUUGUAUUUCUGAUAGCCUUUCUAUCAAAUUUGCUGAAGAAAAUGUUGUACACAAAUAUUGUGAUUCCAACACAUUGGAUAUCGAAGGAAUAAAUGCGACUAUAAGUUUUGAUUUAUCAAAUCUUUCGAAAGGAAGUAAGUUUUUAUGCGAAAUUCGAGCAGAGAAGCAAUUUGAUGAAAACAAUUGUAAAUGUGGUUGGAAAAAAGUAACUAGAAUAGUAGGUGGUACGGAAACUGGGAUAAAUGAAUAUCCUAUGAUGUGUGGACUCGUCGAUAUUACUAAUAAAAUUAUAUAUUGUGGUUGUACCAUAAUAUCUAAACAUUAUGUAUUGACGGCAGCUCAUUGUAUAGAAGCUAAAAACGGCACGAAAAUCGGUGUUGUUGUUGGUGAACAUGAUGUAACUACAGGAAAGGAAACUAACGCAACCAAAUUGUUUCUCAUAAUUAAUUGCAAGAUGCAUCCUGAUUACAAAGGUAUUCAUAACGAUUUAGCUGUGUGUAAGAUUAACGGUACCAUAAAAUAUGAUGAUGACGUCGGCCCGGUCUGUUUACCAUUUCAACAUAAACGAGACUCGUUCGGUGGUGUCAUUGUAGAAGCAUUGGGCUGGGGUUUAUUGGAAUUUGGCGGUGAAAAAGCGAAAAAGCUACAAAAAGUAUCAUUAAAUGUGAUACAAAAUGAAAAAUGCAGACAAUCUAUUCCCGAAGUAACUAAUAAAAAUCUAUGUACUUUCACUCCGGGAAAGGACACUUGUCAAAUGGACAGCGGCGGGCCUCUCUUAUGGCAAAAUCCUACUACACAUAAUCUUGUAAUCAUUGGUAUAAUAUCUUCCGGUUUUGGAUGUGCUUCAGACGAACCUGCUGUCGAAACACGUGUAGGAGCUUACAUUGAUUGGAUAAAAAAUGUGACAUUUGGUGAACAAUAUUGUAAAAUAGAAUAACUUUUCUAUAAUUGUUUCAUGAGACUAUGGAUCUUUAUAAAUUGACGCUUUGUAACUUCGUGUUAUUGCAAAAAGAUAUGCAUAAAAUAUCUAUACUAUCUAUACUAAAUAUGCUUCUAUAUUAUCAAUAUUAAAUAUGUAUCUAAACUAUUUACAUUAAAUAUGUAUCUAAUGUUUUAACAAUGUUGAUAUGUUUUCAACAAUUAAUAUUUUAAUUAUUCAUAAACAAUAUUCAAUUAUAUUUGCUUGCACAUAGAAAAUAUGAUAUACUAUUAAUUUAA